ACACAUUAAGAGCAGUAAUUAAGCCAAAACUGUAUAAAGAUUAUAUACAUUUUGCAUUUAAGAUACAAACACCUUUGUCUUAAUGCUUUUCUAAUAUUGCAUGAAAAAUGGUUACAUGAAAUCUCAUUUUUAAUCUGAUUAAUUGAUGGUUAAUAAUUUAAAAGAAACUUGAUGUUGCAAUUAGACCCCUUGAAAAUGGGCCUCUGUCUCUUUAAGAAGGUCCUACUCUUCCACUGACUUAAGCAAGUUGUCACAACAAUGCUCCUCCAUUAUGCCGUCUACAACCGUUCUUAACCUCUGAUCCUUACAUUUCUGCUAACUGGAACUACAAAAAUAAAUUCCCUUCAUAGAAAUGGCAAUUUUGAGAAAAGUUUUGGUGCCAGGAUGAAGUGGUUUUUCGGCCGUGUCGAAAUUUGUGUAUUUUGCAAAACUUUAAUGGAAAACAUUUUUUCGCAUCACAAGUCAUGUGAUCAACAACCGGAAAUGAUGAAGACAACAGGAAGUCAUAGAGGAUGAUGGCGCAGCAUGUUUUUCAUAUUCACAUGUGAUCUCAGUUGCAUUUUUUAUUUAUUGGAAACACCAGAAUUGCGAAAUUGUGUUUCUCUUGACAUUAACGAAAUACCAACAAAGUUUUGCUCGCAUCUGAAAUGGAAACGCAGCUGCUGGGAGAGGUUGGUCCAGUGGUCCAGUGGUGCAGCCCUGGUACAUUAACACUCCCAACAAUUCAGACAGUUUUAGGGGUUUUAAUUAUCAUGAAUGAUAAAUCGACAUCUUAUCAUUUAUCGUGAUAAACGAUACGAUAAUUGCCAUCCCCUACCUCUCACUGAGAUCAGUUCCGGUAACUCAGCAUAAUUUUCUACACCAACAGCCGUAGGAGACCCCUACGCGUCCAACAUGGACACAUUUUUCCGUCGUCACUUCAGAAGGAAGGAAGCGUCCCUGGAGGCGGAUCCUGCUGCCGCCGCCUGCCGCCAGCGCCGGCCCAGCGUCGCCAUCCCCACCAGCAAGGCCCGCCGCCGCUCCAGCGUGGGCCUCCCAUCCUCCGGCCUGACGCAGCGUCGUCGCUCCACUGUCCAGCCGCCGGCACCAAAGAGAAAGCAUGGCCGCCGGCGCUCCAGCACCACCACGCCCAGCCUGAACCCGCGGUUCGCCGUGUGCCGGAAGAAGGUGGGGAAGCUGCGGACUAUUGACACCCACCUGCUGGGGCCGUCCAUGCUGCUGGCCAGCCUCAUCCAGAUGGCGGAGGAGGACGAAGAAGGCGAAGGGGGCGGCCUGGGGGCGGGGCUUCCUGCAGGGGAACAGCAGGUGGAGGUGAGAGGCGGAGUCAGCAACAGAGCGGCAUUUUCCCGCUCCAGCAGCCUCCAGUCGGACCAAGAUGACGACAGCAGCGAUUACUCCAGCAACAGCCAAUCAGAAGGCAGCCUGCUGUCGGAGACAGAGCAGCUGCCUGAGGAGGAAGAGGAGGGCGAAGCCUCCACCUCCUCCCUCUCUACCUCCGCCCUGCAGGUGCUGAUUAAGCCCCCGGAUGUUCUGUCCCAGUCGCGGCCCCUGAUCCGGGCCCCUCGCUGCCUUCGCAGAAACUCCUCCCAGGUGUUUGCCGGAGAUCUGUCCCCAUUCGUCUGCUACCGCGGGUCCAGCCAGAGGAAGAGGAGGAAGAUCUCCACCGUCUCCAAGGCUGGGAGCCCCUGGCCGGGAAGAGGCCACCUGCUGCCCAGCCGCAAGAACUCAGUCUACUACCUCAACCACCCGGCCUUCUACAGGGGCCCCGGGCCCCUUAGCCCGCUGGGGCCCCACAGCUACGACUCCCGCCUGGAGAGUCUGAGUGCCUUCUUGCUGAAAGCCAUCGCCAAGUCGGGCCUGCAGAAUGCUGCGACUCAGUCCAACGCGUCCGGACAGACGGACUCUCAGCAGCCCAACAGCAUCAUCGACUGGAGCGAGAACGCCCAGUACGGGGAACACAUCUGGUUCGAAGCCAGUGUUUCUGGAGACUUCUGUUACGUUGGAGAACAAUUCUGCGUUGCCAAGUCUCUGCAAAAGUCUGUACCUCGGAUGAAAUGUGCUGGCUGUAAGAUAUCGGUGCACGUCAUGUGCAUGGAGCAGCUGGAGAAGAUUAACUUCAGGUGCAAACCGUCGUUCAGGGAACCAGUGUCUCGAGCCAUCCGAGAGGCCAACGUCGUUCGACAUCACUGGGUCCACAGGAGACGGCAGACUGGGAAGUGUCGGCAGUGUGGGAAGGGCUUCCAGCAGAAGUUUACAUUUCACAGCAAAGAGAUCGUAGCCAUCAGCUGCUCGUGGUGCAAACAGGCGUAUCACAACAAGGUGACGUGCUUCAUGCUGCAGCAGAUAGAGGAGUGCUGCUCUCUGGGGGCCCAUGCUGCCGUCAUCAUCCCUCCAACAUGGAUUAUCAGAGUCCGCAAGCCGCAGACGUCUCUGAAAUCCAGUAAAAAGAAGAAACGGACGUCACUGAAGUGCAACAAGUCGACCAAGAAGGGAGCAGAGCUCCAAGAUGGCCGCUGGAAGCCCUUCCUGGUGAAGCCCCUCCCCUCCCAGCUAAUGAAGCCUCUGCUGGUGUUUGUCAAUCCGAAAAGCGGCGGGAAUCAGGGAGCAAAGAUCAUCCAGUCGUUCAUGUGGUACCUGAACCCUCGGCAGGUGUUUGACCUGACCAAAGGAGGACCCAGAGAGGGGCUGGAAAUGUACUCCAAAGUUCCCAACCUGCGGAUCCUGGCCUGCGGUGGCGACGGCACCGUGGGAUGGAUCCUGUCCGUGUUGGACCAGCUGAAGCUCCGCCCCCAGCCUCCGGUCGCCAUCCUUCCUCUGGGGACGGGAAACGACCUGGCCAGGACGCUGAACUGGGGAGGGGGUUACACCGACGAACCGAUCACAAAGAUCCUGUCGCACGUGGAGGACGGGAACGUCGUCCAGCUGGACCGAUGGAACCUCAACGUGGAACCGAACACCGAGGCUCGACCCGAGGAGCGAGAUGAGCAGCAGACCGACAAGCUCCCGAUCGACGUCUUCAACAACUACUUCAGCCUGGGCUUCGACGCUCACGUCACACUGGGCUUCCACGAAUCCAGAGAGGCCAAUCCAGAGAAGUUCAACAGCCGCUUCAGGAAUAAGAUGUUCUACGCUGGGACGGCCUUUUCGGACUUCCUGAGCGGCAGCUCCAAAGACCUCGCCAAACACAUCAGAGUGGUGUGUGAUGGCACGGAUCUGACGGCCAAAGUCCAGGAGAUGAAGCUGCAGUGCCUCCUCUUCCUCAACAUUCCCAGGUACUGUGCCGGCACCACACCGUGGGGAAACCCCAGUGAGAGUCAAGACUUCGAGCCUCAGCGUCACGAUGACGGCUGCAUAGAGGUCAUCGGGUUCACCAUGACUUCUCUGGCGACGCUGCAGGUGGGCGGCCACGGCGAGCGUCUUCACCAGUGCAAAGAGGUGACCCUCACCACCUUCAAGUCCAUCCCCAUGCAGGUGGACGGCGAGCCCUGCAAGCUAGCGCCAUCCAUCAUUCGCAUCAACCUGCGGAACCAGGCCAACAUGGUCCAGAAGGCCAAGCGAAGGAUCUCCAUGCCGCAUCUGAACGACCAGCAGCCGGUUCCUGAGAAGCUGCAGAUCCGGGUGAACCGGAUCAGCAUGGCGGCUUACGAGGCUCUGCAUUACGACAAGGACCAGCUGAAGGAGGCCUCGACGCCGCUGGGAGUCAUCGUCGUCCCUGGCGACAGCGACCUGGAGAUGUGCCGGCUGCACAUUGAGCGUCUCCAGGACAACCCGGACCAGGAAGUAGAGCAGGACGGAGACGAGAUGAAAGGAGAGAGUCUGUCGUCACAAAAACUCUCCAUCAACUGGUGUUUCCUGGACUGUACGACUGCAGAUCGGUUCUACAGGAUCGACCGGGCUCAGGAACACCUGAACUACGUGACGGAGAUCUCUCAGGAUGAGCUCUACAUCCUGGACCCGGAGCUGGUGGCGAAGGAGACCGUGGGAACCUCCCCCAGUAUGCCGGACCAGUUCUCCUUCCCCUGCACCCCCUCGUCACCCACCUCUCCCAGGCAGAGGAAGAGGAUCUCCAGUGACAGUUCGGUGUCAGAGGCUUUGACCCAGACCUCACCUAAAACUACUCUGCAAAGAACCUCCACUGCUACCUCACAGGACCCUGAAAAAGAUGCGGAGCUGAUCAGCUGCAUCAAGAAUGAGAACCUGAGCAGGGUGAGUCUGCAGACUUCAGAUCAGAUCUGAAACUGGGAGAAAUACUGAAACCUGUU